AUGGACUCAAUCAAUCACCAACAAGUUCGAGAGAAAUGCUUCGCUUAUGCUGAUCACUUGGAAACCAGUCUUCCUGCUAUAACACAGCUACUGACAGUGUACCAAAGUCAACACACCACUCUCGACGAGAUCGAGCGAAGUAUCGAAUGCCUCAGAUCGACACAUGAGUUAAAUCAAUAUUUGACUCAGCGUACCGGGCAGGUUUGUACCUUCUUCCCCGUCAAUCUUCCAGUAUACUCAUUGGUAUUAUUCGCCAUCGUCUCAUCAUUCAUGGCUGACAGAGUCUGCCUCCGCCCACCACAAAAAAUGAUUCCAGUUUUCCAACAACUCUUUCCAUUGCUCAAACUCGCUGAAUUCUUCCCAAACAUCAAAGUAAGUUUCGCUUCCCGCGAAGAGUUCGUGAGAGAUGUUGUGGCGGAGUCUGAUGUUACAAUCUUCACGGGUAAGGAAAGUACUGCUGGUUAUAUUCUUGGACACACGAAGAAAAACAGUCUUUUUCUCUUCAAUGGAUGGGGCUGCAACCCUAUUGUGGUGACACCAGAUGCUAAUAUCGAUCUUGCCAUUACAAAGACCGUGGAAACCAAGACCUUCAAUAGUGGUCAGGAUUGUGCGGGGCCAGAUAACAUUCUGAUUCACAGAGACAUCGCAGAUGCCUUCAUCGACGGUCUGAAGUCUGCAGUAAACGAUGUCAAAGUAGGAUCUUAUACCGAUCCCGACGUUACGGUUGGGCUGAUCGCUGAAGAUGGUUCUCUUACUUGCAUUGCUUCUCUGCUCCAACAACAUCGAUCAGAUAUUGUCUUUGGUAGUGGUAUCAACUUCGCAAGCACGAUCGUGUCACCUACCAUCAUAGUCGCCCCUUUAUCCCGCACCACCAACUACAAAGAAUUCUUUUCCCCGGUGUUCUUCGUCAACAUCUACGACAGUGAUGACCAACUCGCUGAUUACUUCCAAGAUCCACAAUACGCAGCUAAUGAGAUGUAUGUUUCUCUCUUCGGAAACAGCAAGUACAUUUCUAGCCUCAAGCGAUCAAUUGUCUACCGCGAACAAACAAUCAUAGAUGUUGAACGCGGAAACGUAGCUUAUGGCGGCUACAGUCACGGUGCUUCCUUCGUCGCUACAGGAAGUAACAUCGAGGCGAGACCUAUCCUUGUUCCCAAAGAAAUCUCCCAAUACAUAGCUUCCACCAGCAUCACACCGAUUGGUGCUGGUAAAUCUAAACGCAUUCAGAAAGCUGUGAGCUCACUUCUGACGACUCACUUCGGCAAUAACCUAGUCUUUGGUUUUCUGUUUGGUAGUACGGCAUUGAACAGAGCCACGAACAAGAGUGAUAUCGAUACUAUGGUAGUCAUCAACAAACACAACACCGAGCAGAUUUCUGCAUAUCUAGAUGCCAUUCGAGAACUCACCAGCGAGAUGGGAAUGACAUACGAUUCCGUGUGGCCAUCCGAAAUCAUCACAAAGUCGGAACUAGAACACAUGCUCCUGGAAGCUAAGACCAUAACCUUCGAUGCCGUCGGCACGAGUUAUUCAUUCUGGUUGGAAGACGUACAAGUCCGAAUCCAUGCACUCGCAGGAUGUAAGAAAGGUAUGACUGGUGACCUAGCCCUGCUUAGGGAGGUCGAAAAGGCAACGGGAAAGUAUCCCAAGCUUUGGAAGGCCGCGAUCUUCGCAGAGCUUGACGAAUUGGCUUCAAGAGAUCCAGAUGCUGAAAUCUUGCAGUCAUUGAACUUAGAGAGUCUGAGACGAUUGGAGGGUAGCAAGCUGAUGAAAUUUAUGCAUGAAAAUAUCUGGUGUCAUCUCCAAGGAGAGAAGGCUGAAUCUUCUGCUGGGGACUCCAGUGAUGAGGAUGGAUCUAGUGUCUCUGGGGAUGAAUCGUUGCCAGACUCCGUGGAAUCGAUGAACGGCUCUUGUGAGUCGUUGAACCCCAACAUGAUGAACGCGAAAGCAAUUGCGUGCUAA